UGCCCCUUGGCAAGUCCCAUCACGUGCGGCAUCGCUCGGCACGAUUAGCCAUUAACCGGAGAGCCGAGGCGGCGGUUCCAGCGGCGGGCAGGGGGCGGUCUCUGCCUCUCUCUCUCUCUCUCCCUCUGCCGGAAUCCCCCCUCCCCAAUUCCAACCCUUCCAAGCCCGCCUCCCUCCUUCUCGCUCUCGCUCGCUCUCUGUAUCCCUCCCGCGGCUGCAGAGGCGGGCAGCGCAGCCCGGCUUUCUCUCUCUCUCUCUCUCUCUCUCUCUGUAUCUCUCUUUUUUUUCUUUCUCUUUCCCUCUUUCCUCCUCCCCUCCUCCUCCUCCGCAAUUCAGCCCGCCCUCCAAAAGCGCCCACCCCACCCCCGUUUUCUGCCCCACUGGGCGAAGGAAGCAGCCGGCUAGCUUUGAACCGGGGAAAGAGGACGGAGGUCUGCGGGCCGGCGCUUCCGCGGGGCCCGGCCACGCCGCCUUCCCGAUCUUUGAUUUGAUUUUAUUCUUUCUCCGCCUCUCCUUCCUCCUUCCCUCCCUCUUUCCCGAUCGCACUUUCUCCCUCUCUGGAUCUCUCUGGAUCUCUUCCCUCCCCUCCCUUCCCCGCGCGCCUCUCCGCAAACUUAGGAUCGCCGCUCGAAGGGGGCCAAACUCCCGGCUCUAUUGUUGCCGCGAUGCGGCGGGCGAAGGGUUCCCCCGGAUCGUCCCCCGCCGCCAGCCUGAAUCCUUUGCCGAUGCCGCCGCCGAUGCUCCUUUUCCUGCUCUUGCUGGCAUCCGGGCCGGCCCGUUGCAACCGCAGCUGUCCGGAGAAAGAGCUGGAACGGCGGGAGGAAGAAGCCAACGUCGUCCUCACCGGAACGGUGGAAGAAAUAUUCAACGUCGAUCCGGUCCACCAGACCUACUCCUGCAAGGUGAGGGUUUGGCGGUACCUGAAGGGGAAAGAGGUGGUGACUCACGAGAUCCUCUUGGACGGCGGGAACAAGGUGAUGAUUGGGGGGUUUGGGGACCCCUUGAUCUGCGACAACCAGGUCUCCACUGGGGACACCCGGAUUUUCUUCGUCAAUCCCGCCCCGCACUACAUGUGGCCCGCUCACAAGAAUGAACUGAUGCUCAACUCCAGCCUUAUGAGGAUUACUCUGCGCAACCUGGAAGAGGUGGAGCAUUGCGUCGAAGAUAAACCGGUGAGCUACUUCCCGCAGGCAGUGCCCCAAGAUGUUUGUCGAGGGAUGCUGUGCGGCUUCGGGGCCGUUUGCGAGAAGACCCCGACGGACCCUUCCCAAGGCGUGUGUGUUUGUAAGAAGGCCACCUGCCCUUCGGUGGUAGCUCCGGUGUGCGGAUCGGAUUAUUCGACCUACAGCAACGAGUGUGAGCUGGAGAAAGCUCAGUGCAACCAACAGCGUCGCAUUAAAGUCAUGAGUAAAGGAGCUUGUGGUUCGAAAGACCCCUGCGCAGAGGUGGCCUGCAGCUUCGGCAGCACCUGCGUACGGUCCACCGAUGGGCAGUCAGCCAAAUGCAUCUGCAUGUCCUUUUGCAGCGGCCUCCCCGAAAACACCGUCUGCGGCAGCGACGGCAAGGACUACCGCAGCGAGUGCCACCUGAACCGACACGCCUGCGACAAGCAGGAGAACAUCUUCAAGAAGUUUGACGGGCCGUGCGAUCCUUGCAAAAGCACCCACAACGACAUGAAUAGAGUCUGCCGGGUCAGCCCUCGCUCGCGACGGGCCGAGUUGCUGCCCAGGCCUGAAACCUGCCCCUUGAAAAAAGAUCCAGUGUGUGGGGAUGACGGAGUGACAUACGAGAACGAAUGCGUCUUGCAGAGGACGGGCGCCAUCCGGGGCAUCGAGAUCCAGAAAUUGCGUUCAGGACAGUGCCAGGUUCAAGACAGAUGCCGCGACGAGUGCCGUUUCAACGCCGUGUGCCUGAUCCGCCGGGGCCUCGCCCGCUGCUCCUGCGAACGGGUGGUCUGCGACGGCGCCUACCAGCCCCUCUGCGGCAGGGACAGCCGGACCUACUUCAACGACUGCGAGCGCCAGAAGGCGGAGUGCCAGCAGAAAGCUGCCAUUCCAGUCAAGCACCAUGGACCUUGUGAUCUUGGCAAGCCGAGCCCCUGUUUGAGCGUCGAGUGCCAGUACGGUGCCACCUGCGUGGUGAAGAACCAGGAGGCUGUUUGCGAGUGUCAGCAAGUGUGCCAGAGCAUUUACGAUCCGGUCUGCGGCAGCGACAACCUCACCUACAGCAACCCUUGCGAGCUGGACGCCAUGGCCUGCGCCCUCCGGAAGGAGAUCCGCGUGAAGCACAAGGGCCCCUGUGACCGCUGUCGGAAGUGCCAAUUUGGUGCCAUCUGCGAGGCCGAGACGGGCAGGUGUGUGUGCCCCACCGAAUGCGUCGCCUCCUCUCAGCUGGUUUGCGGAACCGACGGGAACACCUACGGGAGCGAGUGCGAACUCCACGUUCAGUCCUGCAUCCAACAGGUCUCCAUCGAGGUGGCAGCCCAAGGCAGCUGCAAAGCCUGUGGAGCCACGGUAUGUUCCUUCGGGGCAAAGUGCGUGGAUGGGCAGUGCCUCUGCCCCCGUUGUGAGCAACAGCCCUUGUCCCGCGUCUGUGGAAGCAACAGCAUCACGUACAACAACGAGUGCGAACUGCGCCUGGCAGCUUGCCAGCAGAAGGAAGAACUGGAGGUUGCGAAGAGGGGCCCGUGCGAUGACGAGUGCGGCUCGGGCGAUGGGUCUGGCUCGGGAGAUGCCAUUGAGUGCGAGAGAGACAGCUGCCGGAAGUAUGGGGGUUCGUGGGACGAAGAUAUGGAAGAUGACCGCUGCGUGUGUGACUAUACCUGUGGGACGGUACCACAGAACUUGGUGUGUGGGUCGGAUGGGAUAGCCUACGGAAACGAGUGUGAACUUAAAAAAUCCCGCUGCGAGAAACGCCAGGACAUUUACGUGGCGAGCCACGGACCCUGCCAAGGGGUCCCAACGCUUCCGACUUCUUCGCCAGAACUCCUUCACUGUAGCAAAACCGUUUACGGCUGCUGCCCAGACAAUGUGACUCUGGCGCUCGGAGUUGGGUCGGCUGGAUGCCCCAGCACUUGCCACUGUAACCCCUAUGGCUCCUACGGAGGGAGCUGUGAUCCCAGCACGGGCCAGUGCUCCUGCAAACCCGGCGUCGGGGGGUUGAAGUGCGACCGCUGCGAACCUGGCUUCUGGAACUUCCGCGGCAUCGUCACGGACAGCAAGAGCGGCUGUACUCCCUGCCACUGCGAUCCUGUGGGAUCCGUCCGGGAUGACUGCGAACAGAUGACCGGCUUGUGUUCGUGUAAAACCGGGAUUACCGGCACUAAAUGCAAACAGUGUCCCAGCGGAAGCAAAUUGGGAAUGUCCGGUUGUGAAAAAGAUCUCUCGGCCCCCUCGUCUUGCGCUGAAAUGACCUGUGAAUUCGGGGCGUCGUGUGUGGAAGUGAAGGGCCUUCCCCAGUGCGAGUGCCCGUCGUUGCUUUGCACAGAAGCUGACACCUCCAAGGUCUGUGGCUCUGAUGGAGUGACCUAUGGUGACCAGUGCCAGUUAAGGACCAUUGCUUGCCGGCAGGGAAAGGUCAUAGAGGUGAAGCAUUUGGGCCAGUGUGCAGAAUCCCAUGCCAGCCACCCUACCCCGCCGGCAACCCAACGCCCUUUGGAUUCUGUUCCCCCUCUGGCGCCCCAAAUCACAACUUUAGCUCCCGAGCUGAUCAGGACCUCCUCCUCUCCCUGGCAUUCAGAAGACUACAUUUCCCGCCAGAGCCAGCCGGUCACCCGAAGGAUAACCAAGCCAGCUAUCCUCUCCACUCUUCCCUGGACGACUCAGGGCAUCCGCCAGACCACUGCCAGACCCCUCCUGACAGCGCCCAUAGUCCCUGCCGCCACUCAGAUGGCUGACGUUGAAUCGGGCAGCGCGGAAGGCAGCGGAGAUCCAGAACUGGGCAUCAGUGGAGAUCAGGAAGGCAGCGGGACCAGCUCUGCAGGGGAGGAAGUAAUUGAAGACACAAAGGUGCAGAGUACUCACCUGGGCGAGAGAGCCACCUGUUACAACACCCCUCUAGGAUGCUGCUCGGAUGGCAAGACUCCCGCCGCUGACGCCGAAGGAAGUAAUUGCCCAGCCACCAAAGUCUUCCAAGGGGUCCUGAUUCUGGAAGAGGUGGAAGGCCAAGAACUGUUUUACACCCCGGAAAUGGCCGAUCCCAAAUCGGAGCUUUUUGGGGAGACGGCCCGAAGCAUCGAAAGUGUGCUGGAUGACCUUUUCCGCAACUCGGAGGUCAAAAGGGAUUUCAGGAGUGUCCAGGUGCGACAUCUGGGCCAAAGCAGCGCCGUCAGGGUCAUUGUAGAGUCUCAUUUUGACCCAGCGACUUCUUACACGGCUGCUGAUAUCCAGAGGGCCCUUUUGAAGCAGAUCAAAGCCUCUAAGAAGAAAACCAUCUUGGUGAAGAGACCUCAGCAAGAGAACAUCAAGUUCAUGGACUUUGACUGGAUCCCCCAGCUCUUCACCACUACCACCACUACCACGAUCGCCACCACGAUGGCUCCCACGGUCGCCAGCUCCCAGAGGUUCCCCAACACCACGACUCCCCGGAACCUGAAUCCAGGACGGCUUAAUGGGAAAUCCUCCGGGGGAGCCACCACCAAAAAGCCCAGCACCACCCUUCCAGCCUCCAUGGACCGGAAGAAACCCAUGCGCCCUGUACCCACCACCAAGAAGCCUCCACGGCCCUGUGACUCUCACCCCUGCUUGCAUGGUGGCACCUGCGAAGACGACGGCCGAGACUUCACCUGCAGCUGCCCUGCAGGAAGAGGAGGAGCGGUUUGCGAGAAAUCUGUCCGAUACUUCAUCCCCAGCUUUGGCGGGAAGUCCUACCUGGCGUUCAAAAUGAUGAAGGCCUACCACACCGUACGCAUCGCCAUGGAAUUCCGAGCCUCCGAGCUGAGCGGGCUGCUCCUGUACAAUGGGCAGAACCGCGGGAAGGACUUCCUCUCCCUGGCGCUGGUGAACGGAUUUGUGGAGCUCAGGUUCAACACCGGCUCGGGGACAGGCGUGAUCACCAGCAAGGUGCCCAUCGAGCCUGGCCAGUGGCAUGCGCUUGUGGUCAAUCGGAACCGGAGAAACGGUGUGCUGUCCGUGGAUGGGGAGCCCCACGUGCAUGGCGAGAGCCCAAGUGGAACCGAUGGGCUAAAUCUCGACACCGAUCUCUUUGUCGGAGGGGCGCCGGAAGACCAAAUUGCUGUGAUGGCCGAGCGCACGUCGGUCACCGCUGGCCUGAAGGGCUGCAUCCGUCUGCUGGACGUCAACAACCAGAUGUACGACCUGCGAGAGAAAGGCGAUGAUGUGCUUUACGGAAGCGGGGUGGGCGAGUGCGGCAACAACCCUUGCCAGCCCAACCCCUGCCACCACGGUGGCCUCUGCCACAGCAUGGAGGCGGAGAUGUUUCACUGCGAGUGUCUGAAUGGUUAUACAGGACCCACCUGUGCUGAUGAGAGAAACCCCUGCGACCCCAACCCCUGCCACCUCUCCGCCACCUGCUUGGUGUUGCCAGAAGGCGGAUCGAAAUGCGAAUGCCCCAUGGGACGAGGAGGCGAAUUCUGCGAAUCGGUUGCCGAAAUGGAUCAGACCGUACCUUUUCUGCCGGAAUUCAACGGAUUCUCAUACCUGGAGCUGAACGGUCUCCAAACAUUUGUGCCAGAUCUGCAGGAUAAGGUGGCCAUGGAUGUGGCGUUCCUGAGCAGAAAUCCCAACGGUUUAAUUUUCUACAAUGGACAGAAGACGGAUGGGAAGGGAGAUUUUAUCUCCUUGGCCCUUCACAAUGGAUACCUGGAGUAUAGAUAUGACCUGGGCAAAGGAGCCGCCGUCAUCAAGAGCAGGGAGCCCAUCCCUCUGAAUACGUGGAUCAGUGUUUCGCUGGAGAGGAACGAACGGAAGGGUAUCAUGAGGAUUAACAACGGAGAACGGACCCUGGGCGAAUCGCCGCUGCCCCACACCUCCCUUAAUUUAAAGGAACCCCUCUACGUUGGGGGUGCACCGGACUUCAGCCAACUGGCUCGUGCUGCCGCGAUAUCUGCUAGCUUUGAUGGAGCCAUUCAAAAGAUUACCAUCAAAGGGACCCCCGUCCUGAAGGAGGAGAACAUCCGCAGCGCCGUUGAGAUUUCUCCUUACCGCUCCCAUCCCUGCACGCAGAAGCCCAGCCCCUGCCAGAACAGCGGGACCUGCAAACCCCGUCUGGAGACCUAUGAAUGCACCUGCCCCAGAGGUUUCUUUGGGACUCAUUGCGAGAAAGUCCUUACCGAGAAGGCAGCCGGAGACUCGGAAGCCAUCGCGUUUGAUGGCAGGACCUACAUCGAAUACCACAACGCCGUUACCAAGAGCGAGAAGGCUCUGCAGUCCAAUUACUUUGAGCUCAGCAUCAAAACCGAAGCCACCCAAGGUCUUAUCUUGUGGAGCGGGAAGGGCCUGGAUCGAUCCGACUACAUCGCUUUGGCCAUCGUGGACAGCCGGGUCCAAAUGACCUACGACCUCGGCUCCAAGCCCGUGAUCCUGCGGUCUACCGUCCCAAUCAACACGAACCAGUGGAUUCAGAUCAAAGCGUCCAGAGUCCAUCGAGAUGGGUCCCUACAAGUCGGCAAUGAGUCUCCCGUCAUGGGUUCCUCGCCUCUUGGAGCAACUCAGCUGGACACAGACGGGGCCCUUUGGCUGGGUGGGUUGGAGAAGCUCAGCCUGGCCCACAAGCUGCCCAAAUCUUUCCUCACCGGCUUUGUGGGCUGCAUACGAGACGUGGUGGUGGAUCGGCAAGAGCUCCACCUGGUCGAGGACGCUUUAAACAACCCAACCAUAUUACACUGCGCGGCCAAAUGAAGACCUCCUGCCUCUCCCUCCCUCUCUCUCUCUCUCUCUCUCUCCCUCUUCUGUCUCUCUUCCCUCCACCCGGCUAUUGCUGUAAUUAUUUUCUAUUUUUGUAAAACUUCUUGCUUUUUUAUAUUUUGGGGGGGAGGGCUGGGGGGGGAGGGACAGGAAGAGGGGUGGGAUAGCAGGGAGACGAGGAAGAAGACGACGAGAAGGAUCGCAAGAGGAUUCGGUUGGAAAAGGAACAUUCUUUUGGGGUUACUGUUUGGUUGCAGCGUUAUCUCGCCCAUCGGACUCACCAGGAGCCAAAAUCCUCCGGUUCUUAAAAACCCGGCGAAGCUUCGGAAUGUGACCAAGGAACAAAGUUCCCCCAUUUUGCUUCCGGGUUGGGGGUCGCGGGGUCACCGUCCACUGUAAAUGUCACUCAUACUUGAAGUCAUUCUUUUUAUUAUUAUUAUUAUUAUUAUUAUUAUUAUUUUUAA